CGGAGGUCAAGUGGAAUUAACCCCUCGGGCGCGGGAGCAGGAGGACCUCUCAAGCCGGGAGGACAGCGGAACCGGAGAUGGCCACUCCGAGCCCCGACAGCGCCGGCAAGAGCCUGCAGUACCGGGUGGACCACCUGCUGAGCGCCGUGGAAAACGAGCUGCAGGCGGGCAGCGAGAAGGGGGACCCCACGGAGCGGGAGCUGCGCGUCAGCCUGGAGGACGGAGAGCUGUGGCUCCGCUUUAAGGAGCUCACCAACGAGAUGAUCGUCACCAAGAACGGCAGGCGCAUGUUCCCGGUGCUGAAGGCCAGUGUCUCCGGGCUGGACCCCAACGCCAUGUACUCCUUCCUGCUGGACUUCGUGGCGGCCGACAACCACCGCUGGAAGUACGUGAACGGGGAGUGGGUGCCGGGGGGCAAGCCCGAGCCCCAGGCCCCCAGCUGCGUCUACAUCCACCCGGACUCGCCCAACUUCGGCGCCCACUGGAUGAAGGCGCCCGUCUCCUUCAGCAAGGUCAAGCUCACCAACAAGCUCAACGGAGGCGGACAGAUUAUGUUGAACUCUUUGCACAAAUAUGAACCUAGGAUUCAUAUAGUGAGAGUUGGUGGUCCUCAGCGGAUGAUCACCAGCCAUUCCUUCCCAGAGACCCAAUUUAUAGCUGUGACAGCUUACCAAAAUGAGGAGAUAACAGCUUUAAAAAUUAAGUACAACCCCUUUGCAAAAGCGUUUCUUGAUGCAAAAGAAAGAAGUGAUCACAAAGACAUGAUGGAUGAAGUGGGAGAAGGCCAGCAGCCGGGGUAUUCACAAUUAGGUGGUUGGCUGAUUCCUGGAACAGGGACUCUGUGUCCUCCUACCAAUCCUCACUCACAAUUUGGAGCACCUCUGUCACUGCCCUCUGCUCACAGUUGUGAAAGAUAUUCAUCUCUGAGGAAUCAUCGCUCAGCUCCUUAUCCAAAUCCAUACACUCACAGAACCAGUUCUCCAACUGCUUAUGGGGACAGCUCUUCAGCUUGCCUUUCUAUGCUUCAGCCACAUGACAAUUGGUCCAGUCUGGGAGUCCCACCGCCAACAAGUAUGUUGCCUAUGAGUCAUAGUACUGGUCCUCCAACCAGCUCCAGCCAGUAUCCCAAUUUGUGGUCUGUGAGCAACAGCACCAUCUCACCAGUGUCACAAACAAGUGGGGUAUCCAGUGGGAUAGGAACCCAGUUUUUGCGAGGCUCAGCAACCCAUUACCCUGCCCUUUCUCAUUCAGUAACUACUGCUUCCUCAGGAUCUCCAUUAUAUGACAGUGGGACACCAACAGACAUUGCCGAUGGCCAGUAUGAUGCCUCAGUGCAUGCUAGACUUGCUUCCACAUGGACACCUGUCACAACUCCUUCUAUGUAGACCUUAUGAACAGAGACUUUGUUGCUGCUCUAAAAUGGUAAUCCACAAGGAAGACUUCAGGAGGGUGGGGAGAAAAAUCAUGAGGCUCGUGGCAAAGUAACUGCACUAAUUGCUUUAUGGUCCUUUCAGUAUUAUGAUGUAUUGAUAAUGGCACAGACACCUUACAAAAACGGUACGCAACCUAUUUUGAUCAUGCAGACUCUACUGGAAUUGCAUACUAUGCCUGUUUCCAUCUUUGCAGUCAUGUCCCAGUCUUGACAAAGAAAAUAAAUUCACGAAUAGCUCCUCUGUGUGUCUUUUUAAAAAUAUUCCAGAAAUUGAACUAGGUACAUGGAACUUACAAUAUUAAGCUGAUUCAUACAUCCAUGUCUCUAUCUCUUUUGGAUAUGUCCAAAAAAGCUUAUGUCAAAAACCCAUUGUUGGUCUUAGGGUUCAACAACACUUUUUAUUCUUUUUGUUUCAAUAUAUUAACACAGUUACCUCAGCUGAAGUGUUUCAUUUCAUAAUACAGAUAUUUGUAUAAGAAGCUUACUAUGAGAAGCAUCAAAGCUCUUUCUGCAUUUCUUGAUUGAUAUUAGUCAAUUCAUCACUUCCUGUUCAUGACUGAUGACAACAACAUCAUGUGUGAAGUUGCUUAAAAUAUUGUAUGUUUACUACUAAACUAUAACAGUUUAAUAUGUGUUUCUUAUCAGAUUUAUUUUCUUCAGUAAAGACUGCACCAGGUCCAUAAUGAAUGAGUUAGCUCACUCUGACACUCUGAGAAUAAAUCUCAGUCUCAUGUUGGAUUUUUUCAUGUUCAAAACUAUGGCCUGAACCGAUAGUUACUUCAUGUGAUACUUUUAUUAUACUGAUUGAUCUUGGAAAGAAAAGGGCCUGGCACAUUUGGAGUAGUGUGCACUGGCUCAAACUGGAAUGCUUUCCUUGUUUGAAAUACUUAAGUGCAAUCAGCCUUAAAAAGAUGUUGCCUGGAAAAUAUUGAAACCAAAGAAUAGAUGUGCCUUGACCAUAUACGUAGUUGCCCUCCAAUUUGCAGAUUUAUGCACAGUUGUAUGCUUGUUUUCUUGUGACUGACUUGAAAUGACAAUCAAAAAGAGCUCUUUCCUGUACAGCAAAUACAGCUUUCAAAGUUUUGCAAGCAAGUUCCUUUUUUCAAAGUGCCUCUAUGUACAAGUGACUUUUAUUCUUAUGCAGAGCAAUCGUAUGCAUAUUUACUCAGAAGACAAUCCCACUGUACAGAGGGAUUCAAGGUAAAUGUGCACAAGACUGCAGCCUGUAAACUGACACAGCACACUUAGGUCCUUUGUAGAUAUCUGUUUGUCCACAUUUAUAUUUCUCCUUUGUAUAUUCUCGAAGUUAUAAGCAAUUCAUUGAAAAGUGACUCUAUUUUACCAUUAUGCAUACAGGUGGUGAACAUGUCACUGAUGAUCAUAUUUAGUUCUUCUACCUGCUGUGAUUUCUGUAUAGAAAUCUGUCAGGUGUGUGAAACCGUCCUUAACAAUAAUAAUUGGUUGUUUCAGGCUGUUCAAAAUACUGUUAUGUGUUAAAAGACACGUUGUUAAAAAUAUGCUUGAAAUCCAGCUCUAAAUAGAGAGUGCACAUUUGAAGGGCUUUUUUCUUAUUUAUUUUAUUUCAGCAUUAACUUCCAUAUAUUUAUUUGUUAGGAUACUUUUGUAUAUGUAUAUAUUCUUUAUCUGUUUACUGUAUACCUUAAGACAAUCACCUGCGGAAUAUGUCAAUCAACAUUUAAAAUGGAUUACAAUGUGUUGAAAGAUUGAAACCUCUGAAGACCAGCAAAGACAAGAUUCUGUCAUGGGUUCUCAUCUUGAAAUCUUUCUUCAUUUGAGUAGAACUUUGCAUCCUCAGAGAUCUGGAGUCAAAAUCUCUUUCGAACCUGUGUAGUCCAGGACUUAAAUUGGGUUGUUUAUAAGGCAGUACCAAGAAAGACAGAAGAACCAUGGCCAUUAUUUGAGAAAUCCCCAUCAGUAUUGUAAAUAGGUUCUCCUGCUUUGUUAUGAAAGCUGAAUUCUGUAAAGUAAGUAUGCACAUUAUAUUAUUAUUUCUUCUGUUAGCUGUUGGAGAGAGUAUGUGUACUUGUAUUUCUACUCAUUUUUAAAUGUAUUCAGUUAAACUGUGAAACAAAGUAGUAAAGUUUCUUUAAUAAACCAAAUGCUUAGCUGCC